GAAAAAGAACUUUGUCUUCCACUUGGUGCCUUUCUUCUUCUCUUUUCCUGUGUUGCAGCAAAACCGAACUCAGCUGGUAGCUUUUCCUCUGCAAUUCCCCCUGAAUUAGAGCCAAGGCAUCUCUCUGAACCAAGCAACGCAGCCACCAGGCUGAAGCAAUUCCAUGAAUUCGAUUCAUUUGGAUUCCUGUCUUCUUCUUUUGUCCUACCUCGAUCAACAUCUCUAUAUACCAUUCGUGUCUCCAGCCCCAUGCAAUCCGUCUCAGAGAGAACUAAGCGCAGGCUAUACCCUCGACCUCCAUGGCCGUUUCGCACGCCGACCUUUCGCAGAAGACGCAGUGGCGCUGGCGAUCUGAGCUCGGCAGUCAGUUCGCCCUCCUCUUCGUCUUCCUUUCCGUGAUUGCCGGCCUCGUCGCCUUCGUGCUCUGUCUCGCCGCCGAGGCCUCCCGCUCAGAGGCGACGUGGUUCGCGCUGAGCGAGGAGGGCAACGGGAGGAAGAGCUCCGUGUGCGUCUACGACAGCAGCGGGCGGACGCCGCUGGGCUGCGCCGUCACUGCAUUCUUGCUGAUGGCGGUGGCUAUGCUCGCAGAACACGCCUACUUGUUGGUCGCCGUUGACUCGUCUUCCAAGCACCCGUUCUAUGUCUCCUGGCCACAGUCACAGCCGCCUCCGCCCCCCUCUGCGAUACCUCACGAUCCGCACACACCGGCCACCGCCGCCGUCGCCGCCACCACCAUCACGCGGCAGGCCUGCUGCCUCUUCCUCACCGCCUGGAUCUGCUUUGCCGUCGCUGAGGUUCUCCUCCUCAUCGGCAUCGGCGUGGAGGCCGGCCACAUCAGCAACUGGAGGAAGCCGAAGCCGGAAUGCCAAGUCACCCGGCCGGGAUUGUUCGCGGCUGCCGGAAUUUUCGGCCUAAUCUCCGUGCUCCUCGGAGUCGGGGUGUACCUCACGGCGUUGCAGAUGCAGAGGCUGCAGCAGCAGCAACAGGCUCAUGCCGCCGGCCCGCGGCUUCAGUUUCCUCUUCCCGCUCCGAGCGCGCCGGCGGUGACGCAGCCGCAACAGCACGGCGAAAAAACUUCCACCUCUGCUUAAAGAUCAUAAAGUUAAUAACCAUUUGGUCUACGUUACCCUUUCACGAGUUCCAAUUGAUUGAAUUCUUGUACACAUCUUUGUUUCUUCUUUCCAUUAAUUCCAGUGAAUAAGGAUGCCAUAAUAAGAGAAGCAACAUGAGCUGUUGUUGCUUCUGUAUUUGAUCGACAUUAACAAAUUGUUCCUCUUUUAUU